CCGCAAUCCUUGAUCUUCAAUCCGUAGUGUGACACGGGCUUUACGCUUUUCCGAACGCCGCAACUUUCGAUGAAUUACCAAUUACCAAGUGUUUUCAAUUGAUCCAACGUCUAAAGUCUCUCACAGAUGACGAGUCAUAUGACUUAGCGACGUGUGUCACACCACACCUAAGUCUUCGCUUGUUCGUUCGAACGACUAUGCGAACGUCUCGAUAUUCCACAUCAAUACAAGCCUGAAACUCGAUUAUCUCCAAGAUGGGUAACAGAUCGAGCCUUCUUUUGCGCGAAGAAGAGAUAGCGCAAAUUCAAGAUGCUACCGGUUUUACACCGAAUCAAAUAGAACGACUGUAUAGUCGUUUCACCAGCUUGGACCGGGGAGACUGUGGAACACUUAGUCGAGAAGAUUUUCUCAGAAUUCCAGAAUUGGCGAUAAAUCCGCUUGGUGAGAGAAUAGUGAAUGCUUUCUUUGAGGAAAGUGGGAAUGAUCGAGUCAAUUUCUUGCAGUUUAUGCAGGUUUUGGCUCAUUUCAGACCCAUCAAAAAGAAUAGUCCCAAUCGAUUAAACUCUAGACAACAGAAAUUGAAAUUUGCAUUUAAAAUGUAUGACUUGGAUAAUGAUGACCUAAUAUCAAAAGAUGAAUUGCUUGCUAUAUUACACAUGAUGGUUGGUGCUAACAUUAGUGAAGAACAGUUAACUAGUAUAGCUGAACGGACUAUAGUUGAGGCUGAUGAAAAUGGUGAUGGCAUGAUAUCAUUUGAGGAAUUUUGUAAAGCUCUAGAACGCACUGAUGUAGAGCAAAAGAUGUCCAUAAGGUUUCUUAGUUAAAUUAUAUAUAUAUAUAUAAUUAUUGCUUUAUGUAGUGUAUAACAAUUUAAAUAAGCAACAAUUUAAAUAACAAACUUCUGUAAAUUCUUAUCCCAACAGGGUUUUGCAAUAUAUAUUUAUGUAAAUAAUCCUUAUAUACUGAAAGAUUUGUGUGAAUAAGAUUGUAAAAGAUAGAACACAAGGUGUAUGAUACAAUAUUCACAAUUAUAGAAUGUACAUAUAUAAUUAUAUUUGGGAUAUUAGUAAAUGAAAAUAUAUCUAAUUCUCUUUAACCAAGAAA